AGACCCUAUAGCUCUAAUUGACUGACAAUUGUAAAACUGUCUGCACUUUCACUUUUCACAGACCUUUUAACCUCUCUGCAGGGUAUCUGGAGAACAUCGAUAAAAACUUUAAUGGCAAGUCACAUGUACCACAGUUGCCCAGAUUUCCUAAUAUGGUAGAGAGCCUGGAAGUUCGCCUUUCCGUGACCUUUUAAUCCCCGAAUUAUAGAAAACCAAUUAAAACUUAUUCUCCAUGUCAUAUGUAUCACAGAUCUAUCAGAUUCCCUAAUAUGGCAGUUAGGUAACGUAAUGAGAAAAAAUAAAUUCCCUUAUAUGGUUUUGUCACCUGCUUUAUAAAAUAUCUAUAUCUGGUAUUUUUACGUGUGUUUAUUGUUGGGGGGAUUUGAUCUUUCUAUUUUAGUGUACUGUAAAUCACUUGAUCGAUCUUAAUUAUGGUGUUUUAUUUUGACAAUUUUACAGAUGGAAGAUCUUAUGUCAUACAGUCAUUUAAUUUAAUUUCAUUUCAUUGUGUUUUAAUGUUGCAUUCCUCUUCUUACCCUUGUAAAGCGCCUUAGAGUAAUUUGUUUUAUUUAAGGCGCUAGAUAGAUUUUAUUAUUAUUAUCAAUACAUGUAUUUACAAACUGCCUUCACGCACAUGACCAGUACCCUUUACACCUGCAAUCAAAGAGGAAAGAUGACUAGCGGAGAUGUAAUGGACAUGGAGAUGUAAUGGACGUUGAUAUAUUUAAACCGGAGCAAGAAAUGAUGGGAAAAAAACAGUCAUCGCUGGAUUGAAAGUAAUUUUUCACGCAUAUGGAGACGUUCCCGCUGACGGUAAAGGGCUGCAAAAUUUAGGCCUAUGCUCGGCGCUUACGGCCUUUGAGCAGGGAGUUUUCUUUAUCGUGCCACACCUUCUGUUACACGGGACCUCGGGUUUUGCGGUCUUAUCCGAAAGUCACCUUUUACGACAAGCAAGGGGUACAAAAGAAACUAUUCUAAUCCAGAUCUGGGGGGGAUUGGGUGCUGAGGACCUAUUUUAACCCGGAUACUGAGAAGUGGUACUGAGGACCUAUCCUAACCUGGGUCCCGGGAGAUAUUGGGGACCUAUUCUAACUCGGAUCCUCACGUGACUUACUCUUUAGGAGCUACAUGCAUAGAAACGGUAACGUAAGUGAGAUAUGAAUAUACUCAGUAUAUCGGAUAAACUCUCCUUAGUGAAGCAAGACGUCAUGCCUUGAUGCGAAAUCAUUGAAGGAUCAGACAAUUGAAACCAGCAUCUUCGGUAGCAAUAUCAGGACUCCACACUGUUCUUCAGCAUCUUUCUUUGCCAUAGGGAAAAAUGAGUAACCCAGGUGAUCAGCUACAGCGUCUGAAAAGGCAGUUCGGUUUAAUGUCUCACAGACAUGACAAAGAUGAACUUUACACAGUGGUAGGGAGUCUAACUCCAAUACAGAAGACGGCGACUCAUAGUCGACAAUUUGUGUCACAAUUUGAAGAAACGCACUUGUUCUAUUUCAGUCUCUUUAAGCCAGUCCAUCAUAGACCAGUAGAUUCUUGGAUUGCAAGAGUCAAAAUAGAUAUAAACAAUAUCAAACAAAGUGGAAUUGCUCCAACAAUACGAGAACUUUAUGCAGUUAGCGAAAUCACAGGCAGAAGUAUCCUCCUGGUGUAUGAAAAUGGAGAUAAGGCACUUAAAGCACUGCAAAUUGAGCCUGUAAUACAAGAGAAUGACAAAAAUGAACUGCUUAUACUGCUUUUUACUUACUGUGGGGAAGAGCCAUGUUUCAUGCGAAUAAAAGGCUGCAUAACAGAUCUACGAGACUUUGAUGUCGAAAUAGUGAAUGCAAAUCAUAUUAAAUGUCUUGACAAAAGGUUCCGGAACAGUUUUAAAGACCUUCAAACUUCCUUCCUGUUAAAAGAAAAAUUAAUGCAAGAAUCAAUCGGGGCAGGAACAAAUAUAUUUUCGCUUUGCGGCCAAUUGAUUUAUGGGGACAAAGAAAUUGCAGUAGGUAUCAAAGAGCUUGUGACUAUGCACGUUACUGCAGAUGAUUUCCGGGAAGUUUACAAACAGUUUGUUGAUGUUGAAGCAUAUACUCCGAAGGAUGAAUACAGUGCUGUGACUGCUAUAUCAAACGAAAAGAAAAAAGAACAGAAAUUUGCUAGCUUAGCCGAAAAAGCUUUCAAGAAACAUUUGACUACUUGGGAAUCUUUAACGCAUGAAGAUUUGAUUGCCAUCGCAAGCGUUUACAACAUAGAGGUCUAUGUAUUGACAAACAAAGACAAAGGGGAAAAGCUAUUUCUGCCAAUAUCUGGGAACUAUAUGUUUGUUUUUGAGUCUCCUUUUGUUUUCCAGCAAAUUUCAAAGGUAUUGUUUAAAGGCAGACUACAGGACCGGGAAUGUCCAUGCCUGAGAGAUAGACCAAAACUUCUUGGAAACUUUCCGAUUAUGGAUGAUGAUAUUGACCUACAUAGACUACGAAAACUGGAUUUGAAAUCCUGCUGUCCAUCCAAACGACACAAACGUCAUCAACAUUUUCAACAUUUAAAUAGUGGUUACACUGAAAAAGAUGAAACGGGUGCUGACUCAUACAUUCAUCCACCGAAUGACAUCGAAAAGAUAAUAGAAAUAUUGGAUGAGGAAAGGAAAAUGUUAGAUGCUAUAGAUGGAGGAGGGAGCACGCUUGAAAACUGCAUGAGUAAAGAGAUAUUUGGAAAAGAAAAUGUAGAUUUGCCCAUAAGCCUUCCACAAGAUGAUCUGGACAAAGCUUUUGAAAUGAUUGCUGACUGGACAGGAGUUCCUGUAUAUGUGUUUAAGUAUUCCAAGAGCGAGUAUCGUUGGAGCUUAUUUCAACCCAGCAAACACAAUAGUGCAAGAAGUUCCAAAUGCAGAUAUUACAUAACCAUUCUCUACAACUCACAAAGUGGAUGUUUUGAUAGAAUUGUUUCAAAAAGUGGUUGCAAUUGUCUCCAGGUCCCACCUUAUGUUGCACCGAUGUCAAAAGGUGAAGGAAAUGCAGUCAGAGUGUUAUACUCAAAAAAGCAUUGGCCACUAGUGACAUUUUUCCCAGAAAAACCCAAAGAAGAAUUGUUUAGUGAUGAUGACCGGCAUGAAGUAAAAGUUAUUCCAAUGUUUUCUGAAAUGCUUCUCAUCACAGAGCGAAAAGAUAUGGAACAGCGUUUGUUAGAUAGAAUGAGCGAUUAUACUCAUUCUCUUUAUCGUUGCAUCAGCAAGGAAAUAUUUGGCAAUGAACAUUCAUACUUAAUGAUAAUGUCGGAAACUGUAGCAGAGAUCAGGGAAAAUCCAGACAUAUACGGCUCGUUGUUAAUGCAGGAGAAGGAAAACACAGAUUCGGAUUGUUUGAGGAAUUUCAGGUACCGUAGUCACCGAACUUUUGACUUUUUAAAAUUCAAUACAACAAUAGUCAAAGAAAGUGCCAAUUUUUUUGCCGAUCGGAUUGAAGACGGAUUGAAUUUGGGGGACUUGGAGAUUUUUGCUAUAGCAACUCGUUUUCAAGUUCCGAUUUAUGUCCUCUGUGUUCAUAUACAUGAGGAGAAAAUGGAAACGGAAUGGAAAUUGUUUACACAAUUAGUAAGGAAAAAACAGCCCCCAGAUUUCAAAACCAGACGGCAAUAUUUAGCUGGGGAAAACGCUAUCCACAAAUGCUUACUUGAUUCAACAAGCGGAUCCAAAUACUAUGUUGCUCUUUAUAAAACAUUUUCUGGGCAGUUUUACAGAGUUGCACCGAGAAGUAAUGAAUGCAAUUGUCAGAUGGACCCGCCUGAGAAUCUUACAAAUGAAGACAAACAUCAUAACGAACCAGAUUUCAGAAUAUUUUUCGAAAUGAACAAAGUAAGAAACAAGCUAUCAAUCAGCAAACUGGACUUGGAUAACUGGUUGAGAUGUAGUAUGGCACUUGAAAUUCUAUGCGGCCAAAUCAUCGACAAAUUAGAAGGACGAAGACGCAAUGUGAACAUUUCAAAUAUUGUGGGCUCGUCUGUGGGAAUCGUUGGUUCCGCUUUGGCCAUUGCUGGAGUUGCUACGGCUCCAUUCACUGCUGGGGUGUCUCUUGGUUUAGUAAUUGCUGGGGGUGUCGUAGGCUCUCUUGGUGGUCUUGGUGUCGUAGGAUCAAAUGUUACAGAGUUCGUUUUGAAUAGGGAUGCAAUUUUAAAGUUGGAAAGAUAUCAAAUGAACUACCGUGAGAGGUCAAGGUGUUUGGAAAAGUCUUUGUCAGAUCUCGAAAAGGAAAUGGAAAAAUAUGGGACUCAAUAUAUUGCCGAUAACAGUGCAACAGCAGUUCAAACGGGAACGGGAACGCUGCGCAUGCUUGGCAUAUUGCCAACUGUUAUUGUACGAGUUAUUGCACGAACGGUCACCAUGAUAGAUGUCGUCAUACCUCCCUUGUCAAUUUUACUUGAUGUAGGCGUACUAGGAUACAAUGUGUACAAUCUAAUUAAAGGGUCAAAAACAAAUGUCACCGAAAGACUACGUACAGUUCGAUCAUUUCUAAGAGCAACAAGAGUUCAGAUGUUUGUUUGGGGAUAUGGAAAUCAGGAAAAAUAUUUGCAAAGUGUUAAAGAUAUCAUUCCAAAAAGGUUAUAGAUUCUUUUUCUUGUAAUGACCAAAUGUUUACAUUUUAGUCUUUCAACAUCGGGUUGACACAAACACGGACACCUGACACAAGAGGUGUUUACUUCGCUCUCUCUCUCUCUCUCUCUCUGUUGCGUGUCAAUGUUUUCGGAAAUAUGCGAUCUUUAUAAAUAUGUUUCCACUGAUGGAUAUAUAAAUGAAUAUCAAUGUUGAUGUGGUUGCCAGGUAUAUUAUUCUACUUGAUUUGAUUCUGUGGAUGAUUUUGGGAUCUAUAUUUUUCGGUAGACGAAACUGUCAUGCUUAAAAUACUUCAUAAAUCUAAAGACAAUAUCUUACAUUUAAAAAAUUGCUAUUCGGAACCAGAAUGCCUAACAUGAUCAAUGUAACCAGAUUAAUGUACAUGGAGCCCAUCCAAUGUUUGUGCUGAUAUAUACUGUAAAAAUUAUUGACAACGCACGAAUAAGUGGAUUUUGCUAUGAACGAACUGUUGGGAAUGUGACUAAAUCAGAAGCCAGUUAUAAAGUAGGUCAUAUUUCAGAACAUCGAUGUGAAGUCCAUUAUUCAAUUAAAUAUGGCGGAAUAGAGAGCGUGUUAUAUUCUAAGUCAGGGCAAUUUAUUCUAAAUUAUAUCGGAUUAUGGCCAUUGUAAAACACUUGUGUGAUAAGCACGAGAUGGAUGAGAAGUUUAGUGGCAUGCACAUGGAAAACAGGAAAACAAAUGGGAAAUCUUCAAAAUUUGGAUCUAAGAGGAACAAUAGCGGUGCAGAUAGUGCGGAAGUGAGCGCUACUCUUGCGCCAUUAACUCAGUGUUAUAUGGCGACAUUGUUAAAUAUUUACACAAUACCGAAACGUAUACCUCUACAUCCGUAGGUAAAGACUCAGAUAAGUUAUUAGCAGAUAAUUUCAUUCAUUCAUCAAUCAUGGCAUGUCAACAAUCCCAAAACUGGCUUCUUCUAGUAGUAAAGACUAUUCAUCCCUCCACCAUCAAAUUCGACCCAUGGUUCAGUGAAUUUAUACAAGUAGUCAAACCCUUUGAAACCAAAAUUGUGAAUCUAGAUACUAAUCAACUCGGUCACAAAAAAUCAUCAAAGUUGAAAAUGAAAUGAAAAAAUUCGAAAUUAAAAUCAUGAAAAUGAGGGGUGAAAUGAGGGAGCGCGUUAAAAGAGAUUAUGGAGAAUCUUCGGGAGUGAACAGACCGUGUUGAAUUUGGAAUGGGGGGAAUCAGAUUUCCAGGUCAAAGACCUGGAAAAGGAAUAUCGAACAGUGAGGAAUGAUAUUAUUGAUUUGAAAUCGUAGCCUAUGAGACAAUUUAUUGUUUUCAAAUAUUCCAGAAGUGAGGACCCGAUUCAAACAGAAAAUAGUUUACAAAAAUUUUUGAAAAUGAUCUAGAAUUGGAUGCAUGUGUUGUAAAUGACAUAACGUUCGAUAAGGCACACAGGAUUUAGGGGCGUUCUUCUCCAAAGGUAAAUGUCGCAAAAUUCAUUUUAGAAACCGAAAGGCAGUUAAAAGCGUAUCCAGAAAUCUACGCGGAAGUAACUUUUAUAUAAAUGAACAAUUUCAACCAGAGAUAGUGGCAGAAAGAAAAGCGCUGAUGCGUAUCAUGAAAGAAAAGAGCGAAGGUCACCACGUUCGACUGGUUUAUAACAGCUUUAUAUUGAUUAAUGUGUUGUGCUGUCCACGGAUACCUGCUGGCCGGGAUUAGAAUUUGUCAAUGAUAAACUUCGUGUGUGUUCAUGGAACAUUAAUGGUCAUGGUAUGACAAAAUUACUAACCGUGAUUUUGUUUCUUGUAUUUCAUAUUUUGAUAUUGUGUUCCUUGGUGCAUGUUGACUUCAAAAUGAUGUACAUGUAGAUAUCGAUAAUAGUAUAAUCUUCAAUGAAAAUAAUCACUUAUGCAUACCUAGAAAGAGUUGCAAGGGGAUGACUUUUUUAAAAAGAGUUAAGUAGUUUUGAAGAGUCGAAAGAAUACGCAACUUCCGAGAUAUCAGCUCUUCUGUGAUGGAGGUACGUUUCGUGUUCUGUUGAACGCUUGGGUGGGUACACGAUGUAUACAUAUAUUAUAGGCUGGCUAUGUAAAUAAGGAUAAAAAGUUAUGAAAGCGUACAUUUUGUUAUACCAGCCAUUGGUAUACAUUAAACUGACCAUAUCAAGAAUAAUAUUUGUUUGAAUUAGGCCAUUAAAUCAAAUAUGAAAUCUAUUUUUUAUUUCCUCUUCUUUACGAGUGAUACUUUAAUCAAAGAAAGAUGGUGAUUAUCGAUUUUUGUUUGAGCUAUUUCAUUAAUAAAUACUCAUAAACUUACUAAAAUUGUGUGUCCCAGCAGUUUGGGUAGUUGCAUGAUGUCUGGUAAUCAUCCUUUCAGCAAUAUAUGAAGACAACGAUAAACACCUGUACCCACCGCAUGUGCACGAAAAUACAUUUUGCGUCUCACUCUGCGUAAGAAUUCAACAAAGGGGAAGAACUAUUAGGCAACUCGGAAAUUGCAUAUUCUACAUGAUUCUAUUCUGUGGAUACGAUUCGAACAAAGAUGAAAGGUGAAGACAACGAAGUUUUGUUUACAUCUCCCAUGAAAACAAUGUAUUUUACCAGGUGAACGAUGUUGACCUUAUUGAUAUACUUACAGACGAUGUGUCAUUUUAUAAAACUAAAGGUAAUGUAAUUAUCGCUUUUGAUUUCAACUCUACAGUUGGACUGACAUUUGAUUUUGUAUAUUAUGACAUUAAUUAUGAAUUGAAGUUUUCACUGUGCCGGUUAGAAAAUCACACGAUGUAACUGUAAAUAUUUUGGAAGAAAAUUUAUUUAAUUGUGUUAUUCGACAUGUGUUCGAAUAUGCAGUGGUCGCAAGGAAGACAAUAAGUCCGGUAGAUUUACAUUUUUUAUCCAGUUGGGUACAAGUGUAGAUGAUUAUGUUAUUGUUUCCUCUGAUUGUUUUGAUUUUAUGGAGGAUUUUGUUGUACAUAACUUUUGGUGCCUCACGCAAGAAAAAUUAUGAUGAUAAUGUUAAUAUUUUGUAAAUACCAGAAAUAAAAUAGUGAUGUGUAUAAAGAUGUUAAAUCUGAUAUAAGUCAAUCUUAUCGUGUCAAAUAUUUGUUUUCACUAAUGUUAAAUGACUUGUCUCAGAAAGGUAUGAAUAAUUGUGUCGUUAAAUUUACGAAGAGUUUAAAUGAUAGUUAAGCCCAAAUUGUACUUUUACGAAACCAUAUGUAAUAAUGUUUGUAAAACGAAAGUAUUUUCGACUUGUAGCAGUAUACCAUGGUUUGACAUCAAGUCCAUUGAAUUACUAAACAUAUACAUGAAUAA